UCCGAGCGCGGCGCGGAGGAGAGCGGUUGCUUCUCUCCGACCGGCUGGAGGCUGCUGGAGGCGGGGCCGUUACCCGCCGGCAGCUCGGAGCGAGCCGGGCGGCCAGAAAGCCGGCGCGCCCGAGCGCCAUGAUUCCUCUGGAGAAGCCGGGCAGCGGCGACUCCUCCCCGGCCGCCGCCUCCGGCUCGGGCCGGGCCAGCCGGGGACCGAGCACGCCGCGCCGGCCGCCGCCGCCGGCCCGCGGGCUGCUGACGGAGAUCCGCACCGCCGUGCGCACCGAGCCCUUCCAGGACAGCUACAGCCUGAGCCCGGGCCGGGAGCUGGGCAGGGGGAAAUUUGCAGUGGUGAGGAAAUGUAUAAAGAAAGACUCUGGAAGAGAAUUUGCAGCAAAGUUCAUGAGAAAAAGGAGAAAAGGCCAAGAUUGUCGGAUGGAAAUAAUUCACGAAAUUGCUGUACUUGAACUAGCACAGGACAAUCCUUGGGUCAUUAACUUGCAUGAAGUCUAUGAAACGCCGUCGGAGAUGAUCUUAGUUCUGGAAUAUGCCGCUGGGGGCGAGAUCUUUGACCAGUGUGUGGCAGACAGAGAAGAAGCCUUUACGGAAAAAGAUGUUCAGAGACUCAUGAGGCAGAUCUUAGAAGGUGUCCGCUUUUUACACGCUCACGAUGUGGUGCAUCUUGAUCUGAAGCCUCAGAAUAUUCUGCUGACAAGUGAAUCUCCGUUGGGUGACAUUAAGAUAGUCGACUUCGGACUUUCGAGAAUCAUGAAGAAGAGCGAGGAGCUGCGGGAGAUUAUGGGCACCCCUGAGUACGUGGCUCCUGAAAUUCUUAGUUAUGAUCCUAUCAGCAUGGCAACGGACAUGUGGAGCAUCGGAGUGCUGACGUACGUCAUGCUGACGGGAGUGUCGCCUUUCCUGGGCGACAGUAAACAAGAAACGUUCCUCAACAUCUCGCGGAUGAACUUAAAUUAUUCUGAGGAGGAAUUCGAUGUUGUGUCCGAGUCGGCUGUUGACUUCAUCAAGGCGCUUUUAGUUAAGGAACCUGAAGAUCGCGCCACUGCUGAAGAGUGUCUGAAACACCCAUGGCUGGCACAGGGCAGUGCCCAGGAACCGUCCUGCAAGCUGAAAGGGGCGCCCGAGGAAGCCCAGGCCCUCCAGGAAGGCGAUUCUGUGCCUGAAAGUAACUCAGACCCUCAGACACCCGAAACCCAGGAGCCAGUCCUAACAGAGGAGUUAAUUGUAGUUACUUCCUACACUUUAGGACAAUGCAGACAGUCGGAAAAAGAGAAAAUGGAGCAAAAGGCCAUUUCCAAACGAUUUAAAUUUGAGGAACCUUUGCUACAGGAAAUUCCAGGCGAUUUUAUCUACUGAGCAGCAUCUCCCUCUAGGACUUGAAAAUUUCUACUUUGGGACCAUUAUUUAUGAACUUCUGGCCAAAUGGUACAGGUACUGAAAGUGGAUGACCAGGUGUCACUGAUAGAACCUGAAAUGACUGUCAGACUUGUGGAGUCAGAGAAAUCAAGCCAGAUCUAGUCAAGUUGCCAACCAGCAGGUUUAACGGGUAACGUCAUCUGUUUCAAUGUUCUUUUUAAGAAGGGAGAUGCUUGAGCCUUUUGUCUCUGCAUCCUGCUUCUCCCGAAUGAGCAUUUGUAUGCUGACAUAUCUGUAUUCACUUUGCUUAAAAAUCCAAGUAAAAGUGCCAAAACUAACAGC